CCCAGAGACACAAAAAGCCAAUAAUUCAUUCUGCUGCAGUGCUCCAAAUGCGUACCUAACGAUGAGUAAUCACACCGAUGAGGAUCCCAUGGAUCAAGAUAGUUGUACAAGCACGAGCGACGAAGCGAAUCUGCAGCUGGAUCGUGAAUUACAACAAAGCGAAGGAGCCACUCACACAGCGACUGAGCCGUCACGGCAAACUAUCCCAGUUGGGAUUUCACCUGCCUAUGUGAAAGGCUGGGACUCUGCAGAUGCAUUUCGCGAGCUGUACCAAAAUUGGAAAGAUGCUAUUCUAGGAAGAUUUCAGCUAAACCGAUUGGAUUUCAAGCCAUUCUAUGAAGACAAGAAAGACUAUUUCUCCAUCACAGUCCCGACUACCUCGAAUGACAACGGCGAUCGGCGAGCUCUGGGGUACAUAAAAUAUGAGAAAAAGACCGGUCGAGUCACCUUGACCAAUUCCUGCAUGCAACUUCCCGUGGAGUCUCUCGUGAUGGGGUUCACAUCCAAGGACGAGCAAGACCAGCUGGCAGGCUCCCACGGUGACGGGCUCAAGCUGGCUGCGUUAAUAAUGAGUCGAGACGGAUAUAAAAUGAGCGUGGCUGCAAGCCACUGUAGGUGGAGUUUUGGUCUGCAUGGGACGUCCCAGUCUCUCCGUUGUGUCAUCACUCCUUCCAGAAAGAUGAGUCCAGCCAUUCAACGAGACCCAGCUGAUGAUAUGGCAAAGUUGCGGUUCCAGGAUGAAAGAGACAUCACGGUAAUGAUUGGGGCUGGACGUGCCAAUCAAAAUCGACCGGUAUCGUCUGAAACAUUCUUCGGGUGGCUGCGAGUCACUCUCGAUAUUCGCGGGCUCUCCUAUCCCCCCUCGAUUGUAGAAACGCCCCGAGGAGACUUGCUUCUUGAUUCGCAGUUCCACGGAAAACUCUUCCUUCAUGGGAUCCUGCUAGCAAUGACUACUCCAGGGGUCAAGCACUACAAGUUUGGUUACAACUUUGCUCUGGGUAAGUUCAGCCGUGAUCGACAAGGAAUGGUCGCCACGUGUGAGGUGGCAGAUCAGGUGCGGCAAAUAUGGCAGUGUGCCCUGCACAUGCACGAGCAUACUUUACUUCCAAUUUAUGUCAAUCUCCUUCAGAACUUUCCCCAGGUGGGCGAUAUUGAACAAGCCGAUAAACUUCUGGAACCGUCUACCACGGCCCGUAUCUGGAAAUACUUGCUUCAUGUGACGAGAAGAAAGCGAUUCUUUUAUAGCGAGACAUCAAGCAUCCAAAGUGUGGGCAUGAUACGAGAAACCACCGGGAAGAGGCCAACAAGAGUUCCAGAGGCCCUCUGGAACCUGCUGCGCUCAGGUUCACCGAUCCGGACCGUCAAGGAGGAGCAGAUAGAGCUUUUCAAGGAUGCUGAGAUUUGUGCUUCGCCCGAAUCUGCCUUUGCAAAAACAACAGACUGGGCUUUGAAGGCUUGCCUGGCACUUUUAAAGACGACCAAACAUAUCAAAGUAGUCUAUGUCAAAGGACUGACAGGGAAGCUUGAUGUAUUAUACGACGCCGGACACGGUACGCUGAAAAUUCAUCAUCGAUGGUUGGACUUUGAUGCGACGCACCAGGAAGCAUCGUGUCGGAAAUGGUUUCCUGCUGCCAUAACCGAAAAGAAUGCGCCGUUUUUCUGCAGUCACGUCGUAGAGGAGCUCUUGUAUCUGACCAUUUCUUCAAUCUUCAAAGCAUCCUCGACGCUGCGGAUGACUGAGAUGAAAUACAUGCGUCAGAUCAGACGUCUGCUUCGAGUUCUGCCGCAUAGCGUCAAACUCAGACCUUACUCGGGAGGCCUUCUGGUCACCUGGGAAGAUAAUGAGGCUGAAUCAUUUCGAAAACUUGGUGGAGGUGGGCCAGAGUACCGAGUCGUUCUCCAUGCAGAAGAGUGUUUCAUCGCCAGAUCGGAGCUUCUCCACUCGAAAGCAGUACCGAGUGGGAUGGAAUCCGCGGCAUGUGGGUGUCGUCAGCAAUUUGUUGUCCAGGCGCGCCGAUGGUGUGUCUUUGCCGCUUUGGAUCAUUCCACAAGGUAUUAUGCGAUGAUCUCUCUCAAUGAACGGCUGGCGAUCUAUGGCCUUCCAUCUGAGCUGGUGUCACCUCGUGACGCAAGCAUGGGUGGGCCCGACCACAUAGCAUGCAAUCUGGAUGGAUCUCCGCCCAUUGGUCGCCAACACGAUCUCGGGACCCUGGAGUUGCAGGCCAACCUAACCUCACUUCAGGUGAACCAGCUCCAUACCAUGGAACAAACAAACGGCGAAGAGUCUCGCAGUUUCAAAUGGAUAAAUGAAUCGGCGAGCAAAGCUAGUCCAGCUCCAAUCUCCGCGUGA